AUGACUUCUUGGGCAACCCAUUACUUUCCUUCUUCACAUGACGUUAAUCGUCGAUCGACUGCAGCUGCAACAACAAGAACAACAACUACAAGAACAACGUGGUCUGAAGGACCUCGACUAGUACGACAAAAUGCUUUUAUAUUGGAUCCUACCGAACCAUAUACAUUUGAUUCCUUACCUCCUACAUCCGAACAAUCCUCUAUUUCGUCACUCUCAUCUUUUGCUUCUACCUUAUCAAGUGCUGUUUCCGAAGAAGAACAAGAAGAAUAUCAACAACAACAACAAAAGCAUAGUUUCAAAAUAGUCCAGAAACGACGACCAAGUAAUAGAUCACCUAUACCACAGAAUACUGGUGAUUAUGACGAACCUUUUCUUCCUGCAAGAUUAUCAUCUAGAUCAUUUUCUUUACAAUCUUGGUUAGAAUACAUUCGAUCUAUCUUAAGGACCAUACUAUUGAUGAUGAUGAUUUAUUUGGGAUAUCAAAUCUUUGCUUGUACAGAAUUACAGCCAAUGCCAACCGAACGACUUUAUGCUGUUGAUCCUGGAGCUCCAACUCAUGUUUGGAUACCAGUAUUUCAAUGGACUUGUUGGAGACAUACUUGGAUGGGAAGAUACCCUAGUGUUACUUUAUGGAUCACUGGUACAAUUAUUGGACUUUACUGGAUGCAUUGGAAACGACGAUGA